GUUUUAGCAGAUGACAAAAAUGGGUGGCCAAGAACUCAAUGCAAAACUAAUUGGUUUUGUCAUUCUUUCAAGCAUUUUAAGCUUGGGUUAUACAUUACCAACAUUUUGCAAUCAAAGAAGUUUUGGUGGUAAUUCUUUUGUGUGUGUGUGUAAUGCAUCUUACUGUGAUUAUCCCGAGGGUGUAUAUAAACGUGGAAAGUCUGUCUAUGCACAAUACCAGUCAGCAGCUCAGGGAGGAAGGCUCACACAAAUAAUUUAUUACUUUGAAGAUAUGGCAGCUAUCCAGUCAAAUGUCAUAAAAGUGAAUAAGAAUGUGACCUACCAGAAAAUAUUUGGAUUUGGUGGUGCCAUGACAGAUGCUGCUGGUAUCAACAUAGCAAGUCUAUCUAAUCAGACAGGAGACAAUCUCCUUAAAGCAUACUUUGCAAAAGAUGGAAUUGAGUAUAAUAUAGCCAGAAUACCAAUGGCGAGUUGUGAUUUCUCUACACAUCCGUACUCUUACAAUGAUAAUAACGAUAGUCCACCAGACUUCAAUCAAUCUAGAUUUUCAUUGGCCAAGGAAGAUCUCAAAUACAAGGUUCCAUAUCUAAAGAGAGCUCAACAAUUAAGUAACAGAACCUUACUUAUAUUUGGUAGUCCAUGGAGUGCACCAGCUUGGAUGAAGACCAACAAUAAUAUGACAGGUCAAGGGACGUUGAAAGGUCAACCUGGUGGUCCUUAUUAUAAAUCUUGGGCACAAUACUUUGUUAAGUUUUUAGAUGCAUAUAAAGAGCAAGGUUUAAAGUUAUGGGGACUAACUGCACAGAAUGAACCCACAGAUGGUAACAUUGCUAACUUCACAUUUCAAGCAAUGGGCUGGACUCCACAACAACAGAGAGAUUUCAUUAAGUUAGACUUAGGUCCUGCCUUACACCAGGCUGGGUAUAAAGAUGUUAAACUUAUGGUACUAGAUGAUCAGAGGCUAUUACUGCCAUACUGGGCUGAUAUUGUAUUAAGUGAUCCUGGUGCAAGGCAGUACAUAUCUGGUGUAGCGGUCCAUUGGUAUUUAGAUGCUUUGGCUCCAGUUGGAUCAUUAGAUCUCACACAUAAAAAUAAUCCAGACUUCUUUAUAUUUGGUACUGAAGCCUGUGCAGAACAUAUUCCUUUGUUACCAAUACCUCCUGUUCUAUUGGGUGAUUGGGCACGAGCACAGAGAUAUGCUCAUGAUAUAAUUCAGGAUUUGAAUCACUGGGUAACAGGAUGGACAGAUUGGAAUAUAGCUUUAGAUAUGAAAGGUGGACCAAACUGGGUGAAGAAUUUUGUAGACAGUCCAAUCAUUGUAAAUGCUGCCAAAGAUGAGUUUUAUAAACAACCCAUGUUCUAUGCAAUGGGGCAUUUUAGUAAAUUUAUACCUGAAGGAUCAGUAAGAAUAGAAGCAUCUUGUGGAUCUUUAGAAUGUGUGGCUGUUCAACGUCCUGAUAAUGGUAUUGUUGUGGUAGUUUUAAACAGGGAUUAUAAAGAGACAAUGAUGACAAUUGCUGCUGAAGAUAAUGGUUUUAUAAAUCAGAAAAUUCCUCCAUUUUCUAUUCAGACAUAUUUGUAUUGGUCUGAAUAAUCAAUUCAGUAAGAAAAAAGUCCCUUGCUUUCAAGUCAAACCUGCUGUUAAGGUCACUUCUAUGUAGCAAACACCUGUCUGGUGACCUUCUUAUUGUCUCACUGUAGUUAUGCCUAUGUAUUUUGAACCUGAAUUCACAGGUAACAUCUCUUUAAUAUGUUUAAUAUGAGGUCAGUUUCAACUUGCCUGAAGGUUGACUUUUAUAUGUAGGUUUUAUUGUAAUUAUAUUUAUUUGAGUGAACUAGAAAUUAGAAAUUUUCUCCAUUUUGAAUGAGACAUAGGCUUAUUUGUUCUGAAAAAGAAAUAUACUUAAAAAUAAUAUAUGCAGAAGUGUAAAAGAUUGAAAUUUGUUUUUCAUGGGAGAAUUAAACUCCUACAUCUGACCACACUUAUUUUUUGAAUGGAAUAUUAUUUGAUUAAGGAUAGCUGCAAGGAAGACACACAUGUCAUCCAAAUACUACAAUUACAAAUGCAUCGUAAAGUUUAGUCUUGAAAUCAUUACACAAUCCCUGCCAUGGGACCAAAAUAACUUAGUAAUAGAAAUGUUCUUAUCAACUGUACAAACAUAAUUGCAAGAACUUUGUUUAAUGAUAUUAUACAAUCAUUGACUUCUGAUGAGGUUGAUAUAAUGAUUUAUCAACAACAAAGAUAUGAUAUUCACUGAGGCCAAUGGUUGAGGGUUAGUUUCAUAUUUCAUUAUAUCAACUGAAAUCAAAAGUCAACAAUUGUUGUAUUAUAUGACUAUUUAUUCUCCAAUUUCUAGUAUUUGUUCAAGAUACUUUUAAAACUGCUAUUUUACUAAAUAUUUCAUGUGGUUUUGCAGUUUCUAACACCCGUAAGUUUAAUAUUCAAUAAAAAUAAUACACAAAAAUAAUAAGAAGAGAAUAAAGACAUAUAAAACAAGAAGAAAAAGAAAAAAAAAACAGGUAAUUGCAUGACGUCAUAAACCUACUAGGUAUUUGACAUUGCCUUAAAGCUUGGAAUAUCUAUAUUAAUUAAGGUACAUGAAACCUGUUCCUAAUACUUUAAAGUUUAAAGUUUUUUCAAAUUUUACUUACCUGUUGCGAUUUUUUCUGCUGUAUUUUAUCAGACAAUUUCCUAUACUUUUAAUCGACGAGAAAUCAGAAAAUAAAUAGUCAUAUGUUAAAGAUAAUAUUGUUUCCAGAGCAAAAUCAAAGAAGACCCACAAAAUAAAUACUUUGCUCAUGAAAAUGCACAGUUAUGACAUUUUGAUAACAAAGAUAUUGAUAGAAAAAUUAAAUAGGAUAUAAUAAAUAUAUUUGCAAAAAAGAUGUUAACACAAUUGGUUGUUUUUUUAAUAAGAUGUUAAAUUUGUCUUUUAUUAAAUGUUACAAUGUGGUUAUAGACUUAUAUUGUACAGUUUUAUUAUUACAUCAGGAAUUUUAAAAACCACCACAUUUCUUGAAUAAUUUGUUAGACAUGUUCUUUCUGUGUUUUCAUCAACAUUUAAAUCUGAGCAACCCUGUAGUAGUACAUCAGGAUUGAUAUUGUUAAAUACCCUCAGUUUUUGAAAGAGGUCAUUACUGAUUAAUGUGAAAUGGACACAAGUAAUAGAAAUGAAAAUGAUCUUCUGUCUGGUCUCCACAGGCACUCACUGACAGUUGUGUCUUCAAUUUUCUCUGUACCAGAAUACGUUAUUUUUGAUUUGUAAGUUAUUUUUACCCAUUGUUUUUUUUUUUACAUUUAUACUGUUUUACAAAAGAUGAAAAGUUUAUAGAUUAUAUGAACCACUUAAAAAGACCUUUAAAGGCUUUCCUUUAAAGGCCUUUAUGAACAACCUCAUUUUGUUAAGUGGGAAUGUAUACAUGAAUUUUACACAAUUACACUUUCAAGAAAAGUAUAGAUUUGUUAGUCAGACUCUCUCAUACUUUUGUAGAUCAAUAACUAGGUAAAAAUUAAUUUGAAAAGGAAAGUAUUAUGCUUUUUCAAAGUUUGUAUCUUGUUGUGUUGACCUGGCAAUUAAAGCCAUGCUUCAGUUUUGUUUCAUUUCUACAGACCACUAAACCUUUUGUUAUUAUAACAGAAUUUUAAUCUUUUGUGCAAUAUGUUAUGCACACUUAGAUCUUAAAUUUUCUAUUCUUCUUAGAUUUU